UUCGCCUCUUCCAACUGGGAUUUUAAUUAAUUUAGCAUCUGACAAUUUAAGUACUCUAUUCGCCGUAUUUUUGUUGUGAAAUGCCAAACACUGUUCGCGCUACCUUCUGCUUGUUAUCGACCCUUUCGUCAAAUAUGUAUAUGAAGCAGAGAACGUUUCUUUCACACUCGAUACACUCUUUACUCGAUACAUUACAGAAAUAUACACUUUUAGGUAAAUAUAAAAAAAUUAUUAUUGUGACCAGUGACUGCCAACCCGCCAUACAUGCAAUUUCAAAGUUUGGCCAUCCAGUCUGUAGUGGCGCUCGUGUCCUAGCCUUUAAUUUAUACUACAAAAGAAGAAGUAGCUCACACGCUCAUAGGCGAACCAGGAAGCUAACUUAAGAAAAUGGAAACCCCGGUGAUGGUAACAGGCUCGUUUUGAAACAAUGUUACAGUCAAAAUGGGGCAGAACAUAUGUAUUUGCUCCCGUGGCUCCAUCACCAUUGAUGGCAAAAGAUACUACUUCUUGCAGAAACUCGAUGAGGGUGGUUUCAGCUAUGUGGACCUAGUUGAGGGGGUAAAGGAUGGACGCUUCUAUGCCCUGAAGAGGAUUCUGUGCCAUGACCGAGAAGGCCGCCAGGAGGCACAGACUGAAGUGGAGAUGCAUCAGAUGUUUAACCACCCCAAUAUAUUGACCCUGGUGGCGCAUACAUUUGUUGAACACAAUGGAAAGAGUGAAGCCUGGUUACUUCUGCCUUACAUAACAAAGGGCAGUCUGUGGUCAGUACUGGAGAAGCUUCGAGAAAAGGGGAGCUCAAUGCCUGAAAAACAGAUUUUAAAAAUAUUCCGUGGGAUCUGUUUAGGACUCAAGGCCAUUCAUGACCAAGGUUAUGCACACAGAGAUCUUAAACCUACAAAUGUGCUUCUGAAUGAAGAGGACAGUCCCGUCCUGAUGGACUUGGGCUCUAUGAAUAGAGCCCGGAUUGAGGUUCGAGGCUCCAGAGAAGCAAUGACCUUACAGGACUGGGCUGCCCAGAGAUGCACCAUUUCUUACCGUGCCCCCGAGCUCUUUAAUGUCGAGAGCUACUGUAUUAUUGAUGAGCGCACAGACAUCUGGUCACUGGGCUGUGUGCUAUACUGCAUGAUGGUGCUAGAGGGCCCCUAUGACCUCGUGUUUCAGAGAGGGGACAGUGUUGCCUUGGCAGUCCAGAACCCUGUAGUCAUCCCCCAGCCAUGCAGUUACUCAGAGGGACUGCAGUUGCUGCUGAGCUCCAUAAUGACGUCAAAUCCUCAAGAAAGACCGAACAUCAGCUGGGUUCUUGACCAGGUACAGGACCUGCAGAGUUGCAGCCCAAACACCCAAACCAACAUGGUCUAAGCAGGACAUUUUGCACACAUGGAAGAACACACUAUCUCAUGUUUUAAGCUUAGGAAUCCAAAUAAUUUAUUUACUAGACUUGUGUAAAAGGUACAGACAUUACACUUAGUCUGGGAAUGUUGAUGACAUUUAUAUUUGUAAUAAUUUGCUGCUUCAACUCGUGAUCCAGAUUAGGCUUAGAGGCAUUAAAUAACAUUUCUGUUUUUUGGAAAAUAUCCUACACAUAUCACAUAUCCUAUGAGCCUUUUUGUUAAAUUAGGUAAUUAUACACCGUCAAUUUGAUGUAGAGAUACGUUUUCCAGUCAAUAUUAAUAUCAUUCUAAUUUGCUUGUUAAAGCCACACUGAGGUUGGGAGCCUGAUUCUCUAGAAAGCCAAUGAGCAUUUCCCAAUUGGAUCAGUUAUUAUUUUAAGAAAACAUUAUUGAUAGCAAUUUAGCUUGUUUAACUACAAAAUGGAUAUCAUAGUUUAAUGCUCCAGUAGAUACUGAUAGUAGUGUACAGUGACGAGUUGAUGACAUUCCCCACCAAAAGAAAGCCGUUUUAUUACCUUUCAAUUAUGUAGUUAUUAUAUCUGAACGUUUUUAUUUUGGUGUAUAACUUAUUUUUUGCACACUUGUUCUUCAAUAAUAAUGGAAUCCAUCCUAUUCAGUUAAGUCCACACCCGCACAAGUCCUCAUACUGCAAUACCGCGUGUAAACAAACGGCGGCACUGCAUCAUCACAGUAGACCAAGAUUCCUGUCUGUAGACUUGAUAGUUGGAAGAACUGUUUGCAUGGAAGGGGGGGGGGUCUGUUGUCAUUGUCUAAUACUGUUGAAUAUAUAAGCAGUAAGUAAGUACAUUUUUUAUCUUUUUGUUUAUCUCUUGACCGCAUAUCCGCAUAACUUGUUCCUACCACUUGGUUUAAUUUGAUCAAAAUUAAAAAUUAGAAACGUUUUAGGUGUUACUUUUAAUUUUGUUAAAUAAUAAAAACAUGUAUUUGUAUGCAGUCAUAAACUUCUGUUAUCUCAUCGCUCACCCUCAAUGGAUCACUUAAUUAUUCUUGAUAGACUUGUAUGGUACUUUUUUAAAAAUCCAUUAAUACUUUGAACGCCUUAUUUUCACCAUAAUAUCAUGGCACACUGGACCAUAGGUGAAUGAAAACAGUUCCUAUUCUGCAGUAAAUUAUUUUAGUGGUGAUUUUACUCUGUUUCACAAGAUGUUUUCAAGCUAAUAUUGUAUAUUUUAUAUAUUGGUAACUGUAUGAAGUUUGGGUGUUAUUUAUGGCAAGUACUAAUGCUAAACGUUUUUUUUUAUCAUUUUUUUUUCUCAUGUUACUUAAUUUAAAGUUGUGGAAAGGUUUUACUGUUUACUCACUGCACAGAAAAUAAACUUCACAAUGUUCAGUCAAAUGUUUUCAAUCACAACGUACAUAAAUACAUGUUCUUAUACUUCACUGGUCAUUAUAAUAGCAGACUACUGGAUUUAAAAAAAAUGCCUUUAGCAAAAACGAUCACAGCUAACUUAUCCCUUGUAUCCUUGGAAAGAUGCGUAACAAAUACAUAACAUGUAUAUUGAAUUCACUGCAAAUUAAUACGUGUUUUACAAAUGAAUAAUUGGCAGUGUAAGAUAAAUCCAGUUGUGUCAUAUCGCGUCAGCCUUGAAUGAAUAGUGCCCUCUGCCUUUUACUUUCCUCUUAUUACAUUUGUUUUCAUGUGCACAUUCCCCCGACAACAAAUAUGAAACUGGUCCCUCAGCUGGAUUUAUGGGCCCCCCCACCUCCCACAUCCACCCAGAUCAGUCAGAUGUCACACUUCAACCGCUGCCCCAACCCCAAUUACAUCCGGAGACACAAACACACAGAAAUGACUAGACAUAAAGAAUGCAAACUGUAUUUACAGUGUACAUUUUUAAUUUACAAACAGGACUGUAAUUUCUGGAAUUUAUUACAAUAGAAAUAAUCAUAUCACAGGGGUUAUCUUCCUCAAGUGCUCCCAUGA